CCGCUGGCUGUCCACAGAGACAUGCAGAGAAACAUACCGGAAACUGAGACAGAGAGGGGGAGAUAGAGGGUGAUCAAAUAGACAUAAAUACAGAGGGGAGGAGAGGAGACGAGGUACUCGUCAUCUCCAUGGACACAGGGAACUUUCAGCAGUGCACUGGGCUCUCCACGAUGGUCUGCAUUCUAUCCUUUCCGGAGCCACUCAAUUAUUCAUCUUUCUCUUCUUAUCUGACAGAGGAAAACAACUUUUCGUUUUAAAAGUUUGAGAGACGGAGUUUUCCCAAUGAGGAUCCAAUCUCUAAGGACCUUAUCAAGAAGAUUUGUGUUUUCUACCAGGAUCAUUUUAAAGGGUACCUCCUUCUUGUGUCAGGAACCAGUGGAUAUAUUUCUCCACCUUAGACUCCCAUCAACACUUUGAAGAAGGCAUUCCUCUCUCCUAUAAGGACCCUUUGAGAGACUCUUUGAUCUACUCUUAUCUAAUCUAUUAGGAGUGGGUGAGAAGGACAGUAGCAGAUUUUCUCAAGUGAUUUUCUCUGUCGCUGUGUCAGGAUGGCUGGCUGUACCUGCCGCUGCAGACAGGGGGUGCUCAAGUUCAUUCAGUCUCUACGCAGACUCGUCUUUGGGACCCUCACUAAAGACAAGAUUGAUGAUGAGUUGGAGAUGACCAUGGUGUGUCACAGGCCUGAGGGUCUGGAGCAGUUGGAGGCCCAGACCAACUUCACCAAGAGAGAGCUACAGAUCCUCUACCGUGGCUUCAAGAACGAGUGUCCGAGUGGAGUGGUGAAUGAAGAAACAUUUAAACACAUCUAUGCCCAGUUCUUUCCCCAUGGAGAUGCCAGCACUUACGCUCAUUAUCUCUUCAAUGCGUUUGACACAACAAACAAUGGAUCCAUUAAGUUUGAGGAGUUUGUAAUGGGACUGUCUACACUGCUGCGGGGCACUAUGAGAGAGAAGCUGGAGUGGACUUUUCAUCUUUACGACAUCAACAACGAUGGCUACAUUAACAGAGAGGAGAUGACUGAGAUUGUGAGGGCCAUUUACGACAUGAUGGGGAAAUAUACCUACCCUGCACUCAAGGGAGAUGUCCCUAAACAGCAUGUGGAUGCUUUUUUCCAGAAAAUGGAUAAAAACAAAGAUGGAGUUGUGACUUUAGAGGAGUUCAUUGUCGCAUGCCAGGAGGAUGAAAUGAUGAUGAGGUCCAUGCAGCUCUUCGAAAAUGUGAUGUAAAAAAGGAGCUGAUGGAAGGAAGGAGAGAGGAAAUUAGAUAAUGAGAGAGAAUGUGUGUGUGUGUGUGUUUCAGUGCAUUUGUGUGUGUGUGCGUGUGUGUGCGUGUGUGUGUGUGUGUUUGUGUAUGUCCACACGUUUGUUUAUUCUUGUGUGUCUGUCAGAGUGGAUGAAUGUGGAAGUACACUACAAGUCAAA